AUGCUUAAAGCCACAAAGAAAUCGACCGAUAUAUACAAAUCGAAACUAAAAGUUAAGGCCAGCAACGGCAGCUCAAACAACAACAACAACAACACGUCGAGUCCGCCACUCAAGAAGCUCAGUCUGAGGGGAAACCAACUCUGCGGCAGCAUUUUGAUAGGCAAUUACAAUUAUUUGACCCAAUUGGAGGUAUGCGAAAACGAAAUGGAGGUCUUGGACCUCAGCUCAUUGGCACAAUUGGAAACCUUGAAAUGCAGCCGCAACAAGCUGAUGGAGCUCAUCAUAAAUGGCAGCAAUUUGCAAACACUUAUUGCGGAUCAUAACUGUCUGCACAGCAUUACAACGAAUCCCGUGCCCUUGAAACUGCAACACAUUGAUCUAUCGCACAACUAUUUUAGCGAACUGCCGAAUUGGCUGGGCGCCUGCGUGACACUAACAGCACUGGUCGCCGCACACAAUCAGCUGUGCAAUGUAACGGUACUGCUGCGCACCUAUCGAAUAAAUCGAUUGCGCACUCUCAAUUUGGCGUACAAUGCGUUGCAACAUUUGGAACGAUUGCCAGAAGCUGCAUCCAGUCUGCAGGAAUUGCAAUUGCAGAGCAAUGAAUUGCAACGUUUGCCGGAGAAUUUCUUUGCCGUCACACACGCACAGCUACGCACAAUGAACGCGUCCUGCAACCGGCUGGCAACGCUACCCCGUUACGAGCAAAACAACAAUGCGGCACUCGAGCAGCUAUCGCUGGCCGGCAAUCAGCUGAACGACAGCAUUUUCGAGGCGCUCAUCCAUGCCGGGAAGCUAAAGGUCCUGCAGCUGGCCUACAAUCGUAUAGGCCAGCUGCCGCCGGAUUGUGUGCGCAAUUGGCCGGAUCUAGAGGUGCUAGUGCUGUCCGGGAAUAUGUUGCAGCAGCUGCCCGAGCAUGUGGCCACACUUAAUCAUCUCCAGGUGCUGCGCGUCCACUCGAAUCUGCUGCUGACGACACCGCAGCUGGCGAAGCUCAGCAAGCUGCGGGUGCUCGACUUGGCCCACAAUCAUCUGGAUCGGGUGAAUCUGCUGUCGCUGGUGCCGCGUAAUCUUAAGUACUUGGAUCUGUCGGGCAAUUUGCAGCUUCAGGUGGAUGAGCAGCAACUGAAGGUCUGCCAGACACAGAGUCAGCGCCAUUGGAGUCUCAUCGAUGUCUCGGGCAAGAAUCGCGCUGCUCUGCCCACCAGCACGCGCUCCUGUCGCCCUCAAGAGGCCAGCACCAGCGCUAAGCUGCUAAGCUCCCCUCAGAAGCCGCCGCCAUGGUGCAUGGGCUUUGCGGAAACGCCCGGCGAUUGUCGCAAGCUCUUAGUUAGCCAGCUGCGUCUGUCCCAAUAUCGUGGUAUCGAUGAGGCUCUCUACGGCAUGUUUGAGGCUACCGAUGGUAGUGCAAGCGUCGCCCAGCAAAUGACUCAGGUGGUGCCCCGUCUUCUGCAACAGGAGCAGACCGUCAAGGAGACGGCGCAGGGAGAUUACAUGAAGUACACACUCCUGGCGGCUCAGCAACAGUGUGGAUGUGUGCGCGGCGCCACCCUUCUCCAUCUAACGCGGGCCCCCGCCAAGGUGCGUCCGCUAAAGAGCAAACGUUAUGUGCUGCGCGUGGCCAGCACGGGCCGCUUGGACGCCUAUCUGGUGCGACGCACCACCCAACUUCGUCUCACAGUGCCCGAGACGAGCAUCGGCAGCAAUGGACGCACCCACGCCUUACCCGAUCCCGAGCUCCUCGAGAUAACCCUUAGCAACGACGACGAAUAUUUGGUGCUGGGGAACGCGCAGCUUUGGGCAGUCAUGGACAUUGGAAGGGCCGCCCGGGAGAUACGCAAAGAGGAGAACGCACUGCUGGCUGCCAAGCGAUUGCAGGACAUUGCCCAAAGCUUCGGCGCCAACGGAAAUCUGAGCGUGAUUGUCGUCCGAUUCCGGCAUCUUGGCACCGAUGUGGACCACCUGAUACGGGAGCUAAAGCAGAGCGUGCGUAAGAAGCCGCCGCCGGUGGUGGCCCUGCCGCCGAGCGUCUGCAAAAGGACCUGCUGUGAUCGGAGCAAUGCAUGCCGACAUCGUGCGCUGGAACGGGAACCACCGCUGGCUGGUCGAUCCUCGCCCAGCGGCCAAAGCGAUCAACUGCAGAAGGAUAGCAGUGGCCUGCCGGGGGCUAACGAUGAGUUCAUAUUGGCGCAUGCGCGCGUUCUGCAGGAGGAGCAACAGCUGGAGAUGCUGGACGAAACCGAAUCCGUGCUGUCCGAGGAGCAGUUCAAGUGUUGGGAAUACAUGCUCGAGCAGAACACCCAACUGCUGUUCGACAAGGAGCUGAACACCAUCUCCAAGUCCUUCACCAAGCAACGCAAGCCAAAUACUCCCUGCAACGAUCGCUAUGACUUCAAGUCGAAUCUCAUGAAGAGCGUCACAAACAAGUUCAUCUCAAGCAGCACUCCACAAUUGCUGCACCACAGCCACAAGGAGCCACCGCCGCCACAGACUCUGAUGCCGCCCUAUCAGCAGCCACAGCCGAUGGCUGCGCAGGCGCAACAUUUCGGCAGCACACGCUCCUUCCAGCAAUCCCACGGCUACAAUCUCUUCGAUGCCAAGCCCCGCGAGGUGAAGUUGGCUGCCGGCGGCGGUCCUCAUGCCGCCUACUUCGGCUCCCUGCAGCGCCUGAUGCCCUACAACUUCGAAUACGACUUUGCUGUCACCCAGGAGCGCAACAUUCUCGACGAGGAGGACAUCGAUGAGUACAGCGAGCACGAAAGCCGCAUGCGCAAGUACUGGGGCGUGGCCACAACGGAGCUUUAGCGGCGUCUCCAGGAUAAAUUUCUUUAAGCGUUGUUUGUUUUCCAUUCAUUUUUUUUUGUAUUAUUUUUUUAAUGAGAAAGAAAAGAAAAAUUCGCCGUUGUAAGCUUAA